ACACACACAUAUUGAACAAAAAUAUAACGCAAGAUGUAAAGUGUUGGUCCCAUGUUUCAUGAGAUGAAAUAAAAUAUCUCAGAAACAUUCCAUAUGCACAAUAAGCAUAUUCUCAACAACAACAAAAAUCUCAGAAAUGUGUUUACAUACCUGUUAGUGAGGAUUUAUCCUUUGCCAAGAUAAUCCAUCCAAGAAGCUGAUUAAACAGCAUGAUCAUUACACAGGUGUACGUUAUGCUGGGGACAAUAAAAGACCUGUCACGUUCCUGACCUUGUUUUCCUUUUGUAUAGUUGUGUUUAGUGGGUCAGGACGUGAGCUGGGUGGGCAGUCUGUGUUUGUUCUAUGUUAAGUGUCAGGUUUAAUUGACCUUGUAUGGCUCUCAAUCAGAGGCAGGUGUUUUACGUUUUCCUCUGAUUGAGAACCAUAUAUAGGUAGGUUGUUUCACAUUGUUUGUUGUGAGUGGUUGUCUUCCGUGUCUGUAUGUCUACCACACGGGACGGUUUCGUUUUGUCGUUCGUGUAGGUAGUCUGUUCCUGUUUGUGCGUUCUUCGUCAUUUGUAAGUUCUCGAGUCCAGGUCUGUCUACAUCGGUUAUUUGUUUUGUAGUUUGUUGAAGUGUUUUCGUGUUUCGUCUUUACUUUAAUAAACAUCAUUAUGUCAUAUAACUAUCACGCUGCACAUUGGUCCUCUGAUCCUUCUCGCCUCUCUUCGUCUGAGGAGGAGGACGAAGUAGACAGUCGUUACAAGACCACUCUAAAAUGUUCAGUUUUGUCAUACAACACAAUGCCACAGAAGUCUCAAGUUUUGAGGGAGUGUGCAAUUGGCAUUCUGACUGCAGAAAUGUAAUGUUAAUUUAUCUACCAUAAGCCGCCUCCAAUGCCAUUUUAGAGAAUUUGGCAGUACGUCCAACCGGCCUCACAACCGCAGGCCACGUGUAACCACGCCAGCCCAGGACCUCCUCAUCCGGCUUCUUCAUCGUCUGAGACCAGCCACCGGGACAGCUGAUGAAACUGAGGAGUAUUUCUGUUUCUAACAAUGCCCUUUUCUGGGUAAAAAUGUACUCUGAUUGGCUGGGCCUGGCUCUCAAGUGGGUGAGCCUAUGCUCCACCAGGCCCACUGAUGGCAGCGCCACUGCCCAGUCAUGUGAAAUCCAUAGAUUAAGGCCUAAUGAAUUGAUUUCAAAUGACUGAUUUCCUCAUAUGAACUGUAGCUGUAAAAUCGUUUAAAAUAUUGCAUGUUGAAUUUAUAUUUUUGUUUAGUAUUAAGUCCAGGCACCACACCCUCAUAGGGUAAUUUGGCUGAUAAAUGCUGAUAUUUGCAUAUAGCACAAAACCCUGUUUUCUGGACACUGGAUGUCAGCCUAAAUAUUUUGGUUUCAUUUUGUUAAGACAUUCCUGGACUGGACCUUCAUCCUUCUAUCUGUAAAAUACUAAAGACAUGUACGUAAAAUGCAUUUUUUGGCCGUCUAGAAGCUGUCUUUUGCUGUUUUAAAGUUAAUUUCCUGCAAUUCUACACAUUUUACUAUCUCAUAUGCAGACUGGGAUAGACUGGCUAGACCUGAUCUCGUUACAGUAGUGCAGCCUCGUGCUACAAUGUAGCGUCUUGUCACCAUGGAGACACCCCGACUCAAAUGACUAGGGAACUUGACUGUGGUUUUUAGCUAGCAGACUUUGGCAUUUGCCAGUUAGCUAGUAAACAUUGAAACUCACGGAUGAAGAAUUAUUUCGAGAAUUUGCUCUGUUUUGGAACACUCCCGUGGCCAGCGUGCCGACAAUCUUUGACUGUAAAGCUAACACUGGACUGAUGGCUAGACACAUGCAUGCCGAGGUUAAAUAAAAUGACGUUAGCCAGCUAACGUUACUGUAGCCAGCUAUUGGAAGUGGUCAAAUACCAGUCCAGAAUGUUAUCUAGCUAGCUAACAUUAGUGGUGGACAAAGGAAAGAAGAUAUCCUACCUGAAACAUGUUUAAGAACGAAUAUCAGGGUGGAGCUGCUGUAGAGAUCUUCAGUGCACAAGGGAAAGAUCCUGUUGCAAAAUGGAAACUUUGUGGAGGAAAAUCAGCUAUAAAUAAAGAGUUUGACAAAGAGGUCAAGAGCUUUGUGUACAGUCUGGAGGGGAGCAGCCAAGCUAUUAAAAUGCAGAUGCCAAAGGAUGGAAAAAUGGCUCUUGGACUGGUACAGAGAUUCUUGGUCCUCCAGGUGAAUGUUUCCCAAUGUAAAGACUUCUCUACAGAGCUUGUGAUAACUGAUUUAGGUCAUCUGAAAAGGAGGCUGUACCUAUCCACGGUUCAUAAAGAGUUCUCUGCUACACCCUUGCAUGCAAGGAUACCUUUAGGUGUGAAACGCAACGUUUGGUGCAACAUGUGCAUCGACCUUGUGUCAUUCACCAGUGAGCUGUUUAAAGGUGUAGGGUUCUUAUCCCUGGAUGGAAUCACUGUCUCUGCCAGCUGUAAGUUACGGAGAAUCUUCACCAUGAAGACUGAGCCUGCAGGGGCUUCUGAUGGAGACCUAUAUAUUGGUGGAAAUGGUCCCAUGGACUCGAUCCCUCGGAGCUGCCAGUUUCCCCCUGACGUCCACCAGGUGAUCCAAGUAAUGAACAUGGAGCGGCUGAGACUGGCAGACCUGAAGACUUGCCCUCUCAACUCUGAGUCUGAUCAGUCAGGCAGUGUCAGGGUAGCCAGUGUUGCUCGAGGCCCCAAGAUCCAGCCGGACGCCUCCCACAUCGCAUUUGGGUCGAGGGUUUUAGGACCCCCUCCACUGACCGGAAGGAAGAACAGUGGACUCUCAGAGGGACAGGGACAGGACGGGAGGACACAGGACGGGAGGACACACCGAAGCAUGAAUAUGGGGUCUGUCUCUGGUGCAAAAACAAAUAGAACAGCUGCUUCAGAGAGACAUCGGGAUCAUGGAGACUGGAGCGAGAAACAACCUGGUCCCAGUAGCCAGAAGAAUGACUCUGUUUAUGAGCUGGCAGGGAAGCCAGGGAGCCUGCAGCCGCGACCACCUAAAGACAGAGCGUCAUCAGACAAGGCGGGGUCCAGGAAGCUACGGGUCCACAGUGCAGGGAAGGAGAAACUGGCGCCUGGCUCAGACGCUGGACUUAGCCACCAUGGAGACAGGAACCAACAACGUUUGACCCCCAGUGAGAUGAGUGGAGACCAAACAGCAGACAAGUUGUUGUCUCCCAGACCUAUUGACGAGGACAGAGCCUGUUUGGAGCCCUCCAAAUCUUCUCCAGAGCUUCUGUCUGGCCAGUCGACCCCUGUCCCUGACCUUCCCCCAUCACCAUUACCCCUGCAGGACUCGGACAGUGAUGACAGUGAAGGGGAGAGUGAUGUGGAUGAAGUCUCGGAGCCUCAGUUCUCAGUGGAAGACGUGUUCACCUUCUCUUCUCGGCCCCACUCAGCCAAGCGAGGCCAGGGACAAGGACAUGGAGACCAGGGACAGGUCCAGGGACAUGGAGAGACCUGCUGGACUGAGGAGGCAGCUCAGGCCGCUGACACCUACGGCCAGCAGGACACGGGAGGGCACAGGGGGGCCAGGCCAGACGACGACUUCCUAGCCAGCGAGAGUGAGGAGGAAGAGACCUCCUCUAGGUUCCUCUAUCAGAGGUCCUGUGUCCCCCCCAGCCCUGGUACUCCUGGUGUUCCCCCCAGCUCCACCCCUGGUAUCCCCGGAUCAUCAGGCCUAGAUGAGGACACUCCGCCCAGAGCACGGCCUGGGUCCAGUGGGUUCAAUGGGUCCAGUGGUGCGGACCGAACAUUUACCAUAGAGCGAACCCUAACCCACACAGACCCUGCAGGGUGUAAAACCAGGCUGGCUCCCCACACUGACUCCCAAGCAUACAGGAGAACAUUAGAGGUGCCUGGGGUGGUCCCAACCCGCUGCCGGUCACCCUGUCAGAGUACCAGGCAGGGGCAGAGACACAACAGUCUGGGCCAGUCUGGACCUGGGGGAAGAGGAGGGGGAGCGAGCCAGACUCCGGACAGGAGCAGCAGCAGGACAUCACUGAGCAGGAGAUCUCUACGAGAGAUCAUCCCCCGAGGAGACGCCACAUUAGACAAGGUGGGAGAGGGGAGGGCGGAGAGAAGGCAUGAGCCUGUUGGGUCCAGUAGCUGUGAUUUGCGUCUGUUGGACAGCCUGCGUAUGCAGGAGGAGGAGGAGGAGCUAAAUAUGCUGGCCAGUCUACGGCGGGAACAGGAGGAAGAAGAGGAGGGGGGAGGAGCAACAGGUCUCAGUGCCUCUCAGAUCCACCAAUGUAACGUCAGCAUCAGCACCAGCAGUGAUGAGACAUCCACCUGGACACACAUACCUAUGCCGGCCAAACAGGGCCAUCACUACCAGAAGGAAAUGAACCCACUCUUACACUCCAAUCCAAGGGAAUGGAUGGAUGUCCUCAGCCCUCCCAUUAUUCCUCCUAGCCAAAAGAAAGGGAAGGGGUCAGAGGGCACAGGGGACCAUCGGAGGGGACCCCCGACCAGAGGGGCUGAUGGAUCAGUGAAUGGAGGAAAUGAGGACGAGGAGGAGUACCUGAAUCUGCUCUAUGAUCCCUCUCUUAACUGCUACUUUGAUCCCCAGUCUGGGAAAUACUAUGAGCUGGUCUAAUUCAUCAAGCUUUUUGAUGAGCAAAAUGCAGGAAAAGAACAGAAUGUUCAUGUUCACUGCUGGAAAAAUAGAUUUUUUUUGUUUUACUUAAUUACGCUUUUGUGAACUAUUAAUGAGCCUUAGAAAAUAUUUAUACCAUUCUGUUAUCCUCGGGUUGCAUUUAAUAUGGAAUGGUGAGGAUGCUCUUGUAAUUAAUUGUUUAUACAGUGACUUUUUUAAGUGUUCUGUACUGUAUAGUGUGUAUGCAGUAGUGUGUGUGUCUUGUGUGUCCUCUACACAUAUUUGUGAUUAAACUUAUC